AUGUCUCGCCAAUCCUGCGCUCUGGGGAAGGGCUUCGGCUCCAGCUCCGUCUGUUUCGGGGGCAAGACCAAGGUCGCCUUCGGCCCCCGGGGGGCCUGUCGGGGGUCCGGCUUCGGCAGCAGGAGCGUCUAUAACCUGGGAGGGAGCAAAAGCAUCGCCCUCGGGGGGCUCGGGGGGGCUGCCGGGCUCUGCAGGGGUUUUGGUGGCCAAGGGGGCUUCGGGGGCGGCGCGGGGUUCGGGGGGGGCUUCGGCGGGAGCUGCUUCCCCGGAGGCUUUGGGGGCUUCGGGGGGGGCUUUGAAGCGGGGAUGGGGGGCCAAGGCUUCCCCCCGUGCCCCCCCGGCGGCAUCAGGGAGGUGACCAUCAACCAGAGCCUCCUGGCCCCCCUCAACCUGGAGAUCGACCCCGAGAUCCAGCGGGUGCGGGAGCACGAGCGCGAGGAGAUGAAGAAGCUCAACGACAAGUUCGCCUCCUUCAUCGACAAGGUGCGAUUCCUGGAGCAGCAGAACCGAGUCCUGGAGACCAAGUGGAAGCUGCUGCAGGAGCAGGGGGGGGUUGGCCCGGGGGGCAGGAGCCUGGAGCCCAUCUUUGAGGCCUACAUCAGCUCGCUGCGCAGGCAGAUCGAUGCCCUCUCCAGCGAGAGGCACCAGCUGGACUCGGAGCUCAAGAGCUCCCAGGACAUGGUCGAGGACUACAAGACCAAGUACGAGGAGGAGAUCAACAAGCGCACGGCGGCCGAGAAUGACUUCGUGCUCCUCAAGAAGGACGUGGACGGGGCCUACAUGACCAAGGUGGAGCUCCAGGCAAAAGUGGAUUCCCUGGUGGAUGAGAUCAACUUCCUCAAGUGCCUUUACGAGGCGGAGCUGUCCCAGAUGCAGAAGACGGUCUCCGACACCUCGGUGGUGCUUUCCAUGGACAACAACCGGAACCUGGACCUGGACAGCAUCAUCGCCGAGGUGAAGGCGCAGUACGAGGAGAUCGCCAACCGCAGCCGCGCCGAGGCCGAGGCCUGGUACCGGGGCAAGUACGAGGAGCUGCAGGUGAGCGCGGGCAAACACGGGGACAGCCUGAGGGACACCAAGGCCGAGAUCUCGGAGCUCAACCGGAUGAUCCAGAGGAUCCGCGCCGAGAUCGACAGCGUGAAGAAGCAGUGCGAGACCCUCCAGACGAGCAUCGCGGACGCGGAGCAGCGCGGGGAGGGGGCCCUCAAGGACGCCCGGGCCAAGCUGGCCGAGCUGGAGAGCGCCCUGCAGAAGGCCAAGCAGGACAUGGCCCGGCAGCUCCGCGACUACCAGGAGCUCAUGAACGCCAAGCUGGCCCUGGACAUCGAGAUCGCGACCUACAGGAAGCUGCUGGAGGGAGAGGAGUGCAGGAUGUCUGGGGAAUGCCAGAGCGCCGUCAGCAUCUCCGUGGUGGGCGGCAGCAGCUCCGUGGGAGGCGGAUACGGCGGCGGGAUGUGCCUCGGAGGAGGAGGGGGGGGAUGUUAUGGGGGCAGGAUGGGCGGCUUCGGCGGCGGCUACGGGGGGCUCGGCAGCUUCGGGGGCGGGAUGGGCGGCGGAGGAGGAGGAAUGUGCGGCUUCGGAGGGAUGGGAGGCGGCGGAAUGGGCGGCGGGGGAGGAAUGGGGGGCUUCGGCUCUGGGAUGGGCGGCUACGGCGGCGGCAUGGGCGGCUUUGGUGGCCCGGGCUUUAGUGGUCCAGGCUUUGCAAUGGGUGGCCCGGGCAGAGCCGGCCCCGGGAUCCAACCGGUGCAGAUCGACUCGACCCUGCUCCGGCCCGUCCAUGUGGAGAUCGACCCCCAGAUCCAGCAGGUGAAAACCCAGGAGAAGGAGCAGAUCAAGACCCUGAACAACCAGUUCGCCUCCUUCAUCGACAAGGUCCGAUUCCUGGAGCAGCAGAACAAGGUGCUCUCCACCAAGUGGGAGCUGCUGCAGCAGCAGGGGCCGUCGGGGCCGAGGAAGGACCUGAGUGUGAUCUUUGAGACCUACAUCCAGAACCUGAGGAGGCAGCUGGACUCCAUCCUGGCGCAGCGGGGGCAGCUGGAGUCGGAGCUGCAGAACAUGCAGCAGUACGUCGAGGAGUUCAAGAGCAAGUACGAGGAGGAGAUCAACCGGCGCACGACGGCCGAGAACGAGUUCGUGGUGCUGAAGAAGGACGUGGACUCGGCCUACAUGACCAAGGUGGAGCUGGAGGCCAGGGUGGGAGCUCUGACCGACGAGAUCAACUUCCUGAGGGCCAUCUACGAGGAGGAGCUGGCCCAGAUGCAAACCAUCAGCCGGGACCUGUCCGUGGUGGUGUCCAUGGACAACAACCGGCACCUGGACCUGGACAGCAUCAUCGAGGAGGUGCGGCGCCAGUACGAGCAGAUCGCCCAGAACAGCCGCGCCGAGGCCGAGGCCUGGUACCAGAGCAGGUACGAGGAGCUGCAGAGCACGGCCGGGCGCCACGGGGACAACCUCCGCAACACCAAGGUCGAGAUCCAGGAGCUGACCAGGAACGUGCAGAGGCUGAGGACGGAGAUCGAGAACGUGAAGAAGCAGAACCAUCACCUGCAGUCGGCCAUCGCCGAGGCCGAGGAGAGGGGCGAGAUGGCCCUCAAGGACGCCCGCAGGAAGCUGGAGGAGCUGGAAUGUGCCCUGAGCAAGGACAAGGAGGAGCUGGCCCGGCUGCUGAAGGAGUACCAGGAGCUGCUGAACAUCAAGAUCGCGCUGGACGUGGAGAUCGCCAUGUACAGGAAGCUGCUGGAGGGGGAGGAGAACAGGCUCUGCGGAGACAACCCGUCCAACGUCAAUGUCUCCGUGGUGGGCAGGACCACCGUGUGCGGGGGCCGGGCCGGCGGCUUCGGGGCCGGCAACGGGCUGGCGGCAGGAGGAGUGUGCGUGGUCGGAGGAGGAGGAAGCGUCGUCGGGGGCGGCUGCGGGGUGGGAGGGGGGAUCCUCAGCGGUGGGUUCUCCUCCGGCAGCGGGAGGAUGUGCAGCUCCUCGGCCGGAAACUUCGUGGCCGGGGGGGGCUCGUCCUCGGUGCGGAGAUGUGUCACCACCACCACGGUCAAGUCCUCGGGGGUCAAGUACUGA